ACAUUCCAGUUGAGAAGCAGCACCUGUGAAGGACAGAUUGGAGAGCAUUUAGUCUGUCCAAGAUGUCUUACACCGCCGGGUCUUAUGCGGACAAAUCGUUGAUUGGCAAACCGUACGGAGCCAGCGUGUACACGGGCUACACAGAUGAGAAUGCCGCAACGGAAGCUUACGAGCAACAGCUGAAGCUUGAAAAAAAGAAGAGGAGGGAUGCCAUAUGCUGCGAGCUUAUGGCUCUGGUCCUCGGCUUCAUCGGUCUGAUCGGCGUCGCAGCCGUCACAGGCCUUCCAAUGUGGAAGGUGACCGCUUUCAUCCAGGAGAACAUCAUCGUCAUGGAGACGCGGUGGGAGGGAUUGUGGAUGAACUGUUACAGACAAGCCAAUAUCCGUAUGCAAUGUAAAGUGUACGAUUCUUUGCUGUUCCUUCCUCCCGACCUUCAAGCCGCCAGGGGUCUCAUGUGCGCCUCCGUAGCUCUGUCCUGCAUCGCCUGCAUCGUGUCGUCCAUGGGCAUGCGUUGUACCCGAUUCGUGGACUCUCGUCCCAAGACCAAGCACAUUGUUUUGGUGAGCGGAGGGUGCUUGUUCCUGGCCGGCUGCGUGACCACGAUCAUCCCCGUCUCUUGGACGGCUCACGUCAUCAUCCAGGACUUCUACAACCCUCUGCUGAUCGACGCCCAGCGCCGGGAGCUUGGGGAAGCCCUGUAUAUCGGCUGGGUCACUUCAGCUUUGCUCUUCUGCGCUGGAGUGAUUCUGCUGUGUCGGCACGCUCCACGGACCCAGGACAAAGAGGACAUGGCUUCUGUGCUGUAUAGGGCCAAUUCAGCCCCCUAUAACAACUCGUACGGGCCCGGAUACGGAUAUCCACCUGGGUACGCUUAUCAGCCCGGAUAUUAUCAGCCGACUUAUUCUCCAGUCCCAACAGUCUAUAACCAACCACCAUACAGACAUUGAGAGAGCUGCGCUCGAAUCAAACUUCUCUAAAAUGAGAAAAUGUUGGAUUGUACAUCAAGAGAUGGCCAUUUUUUUGGGGCUCCUUAUUGUUUAUUAACUGAGCGAAUGUAUUGUAUUUUCUUGAUUCUGAAUCUCAGAUGAAGUUCAGGACUGUAUGUAUUUUAAAAGACUGUACAUAAUUUACAAAACUAAGAUAAAAUUUGGCAAUAACGUGAAUUGUGUCUUAGGAGGAUACAGCUACAUUUUAUUUUCCUAAAUGUGGGAUAUUUCCACAUACAGUUGCAUUGACCUGUAAACGUAAUUGUAUGUUUUUUUGUGUGUGUUUGUUUUAAUGUUGUGUAUUUUAAAUUUGUACAUUUUCUAAAGCACUAGUCUAGCUAUAAUCUUGUGAAAAAGAUGAAAUAAAGAUGUAUAUGU